ACUCUCCAACAGAUGCGCUAGUCGCUACCGCUGUCGCCAUUUUUUUUUUCUUGUCCGAUCCCUAACUCCCUACACCCGGCAGUAGUAUAUCACCAUACACCACGAUCCCCGGCCGCACAAACGCUUUGCUCGCUCUAGUUGGGAAAGCAAAGCUAGAGAGAGAAACACAACGGAAAGGGAAGCUGAGAGAGAGAUGUUCCCGUCGCCAGGGAGGGCGGUGAUGGCGCUGGGCCACGGCCAGCACACCUCGUCCACAGCCGGCGCCGCCAUGGCGGCGGCGGCGGCGGCCUCCUCCUCCUCCUCCACCCCCACCAUAACCUUCUCCUUCCAGCCCUCUCCUCCGCCAAUAACGAGCUCUCUCCCCCACCAUGGCGUGCUAGGUUACAGCUCGCUGCUCCUAGACCACCCACCCACAGCCACCACCUCGUCGUCCUCCUCGCACGCGCCUUCGUCCACCAUCCCUCCCCCCACCCUCCACCACCUCCAUGCAGCGCACGUUUCCCCUCCCACGAGGUCGUCGUCGUCGACUCCUCCUCACCCAUGGUCGACCGGUGAUGAAGGGCAUGAUCAAGAAGGCAGGCAGCGGGGGAAGGGCAGCGCUGCGGCGAGCGAGGGGCUGGCUGCCGGGCAUAGCGGCGCGGCGGCGCUAGGGGUCGGCGCGGUGAGGAUGAAGAAGGCAGGCGGCGGAGGGAAGGCGCGGCGGAAGGUGCGCGAGCCGCGGUUCUGCUUCAAGACGAUGAGCGACGUCGACGUGCUCGACGACGGCUACAAGUGGCGCAAGUACGGCCAGAAGAUCGUCAAGAACACGCAGCACCCCAGGAGCUACUACCGCUGCACGCAGGACAACUGCCGGGUGAAGAAGCGGGUGGAGCGUCUGGCGGAGGACCCUCGCAUGGUGAUCACCACCUACGAGGGCCGCCACGUCCACUCCCCAUCCCGCGACGAAGAAGACGACGCCGCCCGCGCAAACGCCGAGAUGAGCUUCAUCUGGUAGCUAGCUAGCUUCCAUUGUCGGCCUAGCAGCUAGCAGCUAGCUGCGAUCAGGCGUCGCCGGCCGGCAUGCAGAUCGGAGAGGACACACAAACCGGCCGCGCCGUCGUCGACAUCGUCGCGUGCAGGAGCCGGUCAAGCUUCGUCAGCUAGCUGAAUCCUGAACCCAUCCAUAUGCAUGCAUCAAACUCGGGUCUUUAUGCAUUGCAAUAUAUAUCGAUCUUGGCGUUAAUGUCGUCGCUGUUAUUAGAUUGCAUACAUUGUGUGAAUUACUUUUACUGUUGUAGUUAAUUAGCGCAUCCAGGUUAUGAACUGAUAAUAUGUGUAGUAGAUACGUGCUCUAGGUUUAGCAAUGUUUACUGCCCUUCUUCGUGAUACCUGCCACUUCAGAAAAAAAGGUUAAGUUGGUGUUGAUGGUGGUGCUAGGUUCUUCCACCUUCUAUCGUCACUAAGGAUCAUCCGUGUAGAUGGGUGUGGGAGCAACAUGUGGAAUCUUUGGCGGUGGAGGAUGGGGUCAUGUAAUAAUGUGUAUGCUUGUAUGAUGUGAUUAUUUGAUUUUUUUUUUGUGGCUUUCACUCUGAUGUGUAUGUAUUGUACCGAAUUUAAAAUUUCACAAUUUAAUUAGUUUGUGCAUUAUGAA